AUGUCAAUUGGUGGUGGUUAUGGUUAUGGUUAUGGUUAUGGUUAUGGUUAUGGUGGUGGCGGUGGUGGUGGUGGUGGUAAGGAAAGGAAACAGAGUCAGUUGGUCGGUCAACUUGGAAUUGGUUGUGCUCAAGCCAAGUCGAGAAUCUCAAGAAGCUCAGACGAUCCACAGCUGAGACGAUCCACAAUUUCGCGGCCUGUGUCGGGAAAUGAUCCGAAGCCGACUCGCUGCUGCUGCUGCUGCUUCUUCUUCUUCUUCUUCUUCUUCUCGCAACUUUUGUUCUUCUGUCCUCUGACGUCGUAA